GUGGAGGCCUUAUCGACGUAGUCGGUAUUUCGCGAGUCUUCAAGCGUUAAGUCUUUCUCUAAGUCAAGAUGAGUGAUAAGCCAGAUUUGUCGGAAGUGGAGAAGUUUGACAAGUCAAAAUUGAAGAAAACUAAUACUGAAGAAAAAAAUACUCUCCCUUCUCAGGAAACUAUUCAGCAGGAGAAAGAGGCUGUCCACAAAUCAUAAAAUGGAGAUCCUCUCUCAAGAAAAAUUUCAACAUUGCCUGAGAGCCUUGGUUUUAGGCUUGUUUUUUGUAAACCUGUGUGUUUAGAGAUUUUAGGCUUCUUGUGAUGUCUUCUUACCUAUAGUUCUUGGCUAAUAAGUUAUGGGUAACCAAUGUUUUAAGUUCAUUUUAAAAUGCCCAUUGGUACAUAAAUUCUAGGUGGCAGAUGCUGUCAGUCUCAUCAUUGAAGACCUUAGUGUGUGUAGUCCUUACACCACCUACUAGAUGAGCCGAUUUUAACCUUCUACAAUGGGUGCCUCCAUUGCUUCAUAAUCUUCAUGAGAUUUCAUGCUUUUGCAGCUUCUUAUAGUUUAUUUUCAUUUUUAAUGUAGCAAUAAAAUAUGAAUGUGA